AUGAUGAGUUUGGCGAGACAUUGUUUUUUCAGUCUGCUGGCUGUCGCUGCGGCGGAAGACUUGGUUGCCUUCGACUUCGCUGGUCGUGGCAGUGCAAGCGCAGUGGCAGAUGUUUUAUCCCGGGUUUUGCACUUGACUCAGGAAGAGGUCUUCAGCAAUUUCGACUUAGAACUGGUGACGGAAUGCCAAGCUCCGCGGCCAAAGGGAGCCAAAACAGAUCUAUGCUUUGACCUCAUGAUGUCAAAUGAGAAAGUGAAGGUGGCUGCCACAAGUGGCAUUGAUUUGGCCUAUGGUGCCGCAUGGUACUUGCGGAACAUGUGCAACAUGUCCUUUUCCUGGAACCGAACUGGUGGACAUCAGAUUGAGAUACCCAAAAAGUGGCCAAGUGUAAAAGAAAGAAUCACGCGCUACAGGACAGUUCCUAUCAGCUACUUUAACAAUGUUGUCACCUUCAGUUACAGCUAUGCGUGGUAUGAUUUUGCACAAUGGGAGGCCUGGCUCGACUGGGCUGCUUUGAAUGGAAUCAAUGUCUUCAUUGCUUACACUGGUCAAGAAGAGAUUUAUCGUAAAACCUUCAACGCCUUUGGCGUGAAAGAUGCUGACUUUGCCGAGUGGAGCAAUGGUGCCGCAUGGUUGGCUUGGAGCAGGGGUCAGUCGAUGCAUGGCAUUGGGGAUCACUGUGGAGAUGCCUGCAUGCCUCUGCCAGGGUCCUGGAUGAAGAUGCAAUGGCAGCUGCAGAAACAGAUCUUGGAACGAAGCCGCAGUUUGGGAUUUGUCUCGGUGCUUCCAACCUUUCAAGGGAACCUCCCACCAGUCUUCCGGCAGUUGUACCCACAUGCCAACAUCAGUAAAUCUGGUGCUGCUUGGCUGGAUGCUGUGGAUCCUUUGUUUUCGCAGAUUCAAAAGCACUACAUGGACAUCAUGAUUGCAGAUUGGGGCACCGAUCACUGGUAUGAGACUGAUGGCUAUUUCAACCAGCAGCAGGGCCCCUGGCGGCUACGCGCAGCCGGACGUCGCAGCCUGCAACAAACGUCAUGGCAGCGGCCCGAAGACGUCCCAUCCGAUCCUGAGGCUUUGGCACAUGCGGCAGCAGCCUAUAAGUCCAUGAAUGCAACAGACCCCAAAGCAAUUUGGCUUUACCAGGGAUGGAUUUGGCGUGGUUGGGGCAGCGACAAACUGCCAUUCAUGAAAGGCUUUGUGUCAGCUGUUCCUCCAAAGCAUUUUGUCAUGCUCGACAUGUUCGAUGAAGUUGAUCCGGAGUGGCAGAAAUUUCAUGACUUUGGCUACUUUGGUACUCCUUUCAUCUGGUCCGUCCUGCACAAUUUUGGUGGCAACACUGGCAUGUGGGGCAGCGUGCCGACUUUGAACUCUGCUCCCUUUGCAGCUUUCAAUGCAACCAGCAAUGUUGCGGGAACGGGAGCCGCACCAGAGGGAAUUGACCAGAACCCAUUCUACUACAGCUUUGUCACCGACUUGAAUUGGCUGCAAGCACCUGUGGAUCUCAAUUCAUGGAAAGAUACUUGGACACUGCAGCGCUAUGGGCGAGACAGCCAAAAUGCAAAGGACGCUUUCAGUUUACUCUUGCAGUCAGUCUACUCUAACGAACACAACAGCGAAGCCAUCAAAUCCCUGGGCGGUUUCUUUGCCGAGAAAAAUGCAGACGGAGUCACUGCCAUGCCUUUGGGAACAAGUGAGGCUACUCCGCACCAGAGUUGGUACCCCUUGUCUUUGGCGAUUGAAGCUUGGGGAAAGAUGAUUGCGGCUGCAGAUGAAGCUGGGGGUACUCCGCUGUCACAGACAAUGAACUAUGAUCUGGUGAAUCUGGGUAGGGAGGUGCUGAGCAAAAUUUCCAAUGACCACUUUCAGAAGCUGCUCAAUGCAACCACGGCUGACGAAGUUCGUGUGGCUGGCAAGUCUAUUCUGAACCUUCUCUAUGAUGUUGACCGCCUUCUCUGCAGCGACGACGGCUUCCUGGCCGCUUCCUGGAUCAAGGAUGCCAUCCGCUGGGCCGCGGGCAACGCGACGCUGCAGCGCUACUUCGAGAUGGCCGCGCGGAGCGUCACCACCGUGUGGACUCCACAGGCUGCUGGCUCCAGCACCAUCACGACGCUCUGUGACUACGCCAAUCGUCAAUGGGCUGGACAAGUUGGUGGCUUUUAUCGGCUUCGGUAUCUUUGCUACAUCCAGCAGGCCGUAGAGGACUUCUCCUCCGGCCAGCAAGUCAACAAGACCGCGUAUGACGCCUGUGUGGCUCGAUCAAGCUAUGAGUGGACGCACGAUUUUGGAGCUUCCAAGUACCCCAUGUGCUUUCAAAGUACAGGCAAUGCACUUGUCCUCAGCAAGGAGCUCUUUCACCGCUACGCUGAGCAGACCUUUGAAUUACAAGUGUAGUGCUUUGAAGACGGAUGUUUCAGCAUCCGUAAGUGUCAUGGAAUGACACAAUCCAAGAUCCUGAAGUGCAGGAUACCAUUGAUUUUGUUAUUAUGGGACUAUGCCAAAAGAGCAUACUGGUUCCCACAGACUCGACAUCAUGCUGAUUUGUGGCACCAGAAUGCAUCAGCAAACCUG